AGGGUGUGGCAGUCAGGGCUCCUGAGGGUGGGGCUGGCUAUAUCACCUAGGGAAGAGUUUUUCCUUUUCCUGAGCUUCAGCUAUUGGGAGCAGCUAGCCCCUCUCUGGAAAAAAAUGGCCCUUUCGGGUUGGGAGCCUGUGACGGAAUGCAGCACUCCCGACGGCUGCUUUUCCAUGUCUCCCCCCAGUGCUUCCCUCUCCACCCUCUCCUUAGUCGCCUCGAGUCCACGCCGCAAUCCCUGCACCAAAGCCUUGGGUCUUCGUUGUCUUUCUUCUCAGCGGUGGUGCCCUGUGGCUGUGACGCUGGGGAUCCUUUGUCUGGGUUUACUGGUGACCAUCGUAAUGCUGGCAGUGCAAUUAUCCCAGGUGUCUGAUCUUCUAAAGCAACAGCAAGCAAACCUUACUCACCAGGAAAAUAUACUGGAGGGACAGAGUUUAGCCCAGAAACAGGAGGAAAAGGCUUUCCGUGAAUUACAGAGGAAACUCAAGGAAAUGAAUGAAAACCUUACCCAGGAGCUGGAAGAGCAAUCCAAAAAACAAAUGGAACUUCAUCACCAGAACCUCAAUCUCCAAGAAGCUCUGAAAAAGGCAGCAAAUUUUUCAGGUCCUUGUCCCCAAGAUUGGCUCUGGCAUGAAAAAAACUGUUACCAAUUUUCCCCUAGUUUAUUUAAUUGGGAAAAAAGCCGGGAGAACUGCUUGUCUUUGGAUGCCCAGAUGCUGAUAAUUAAUAGCACAUAUGAUCUGGACUUCAUCAAACAACUCACUGCUCAUUCCAGCGCCCCAUUCUGGACGGGGUUAAGUAAGAGGAAACCAAGCUCCUCAUGGAGCUGGGAGGAUGGCUCUCCUUUGAUGCCCAACGUGUUUAGAUUCAGAGCUCUUUCCCAGAGGAAUCCUUCAGACACCUGUGUAUAUAUACAAAAGGGAAACGCUUUUGCCGAGAGCUGCAUAUUAACUGCAAACAGUAUAUGUCAGAAGAAGGCGACUUUGUUGAGAGCACAGUGAAUUUGAAGGCUCCGGAAGAAAGGGAGGAGCCCACCUUUGAAUUCUUUUCUGGAAUUUAAGCUAUUCUUCCUCACUUGGUUGCAAACUAUGAGAGCCCUGAGAACAGGUAUUAGCUGACUGUAGAGCUCUUUAGAGAAAGUGGGGCCCAGUUGCCUGAUACCUUUAUAACAAAAGUUUUGACUCUAUCUCUGUCUACAUUUUUUUCUUUUUUAAAAAAUAUAUUUUAUUGAUUUUUUACAGAGAGGAAGGGAGAGGAAUAGAGAGUUAGAAACAUCGAUGAGAGAGAGAUGAGAGAGAAACAUCGAUCAGCUGCCUC